AUGGCAAAGGCCAAGGAGCUCGACGGGUGUCUUAUUUCCACUCUCGUAAAUCAGGAGAAGCAGGCUGCACAAGACAGAGAAGUCGCCCUUCGUCUCAGCCGUGGAGGACAGGUCGAUGAGGAUUCCUCUACUGAUGCCGCUCAGGAAAAGGCAUCUGCAGAUGCAGAUGAAGAGUUAUUAAGCACAUUCAAAUCCCUCUAUGUAUCUACAGAUGGCUAUGAUGAUCCCUCAGACCAGACCGAGUCAUCGACAUGGCCGGCAUCCACAGGGCAAAUAACGGAAACGGCCAAAGCAGUAAAGAGAGACAAGAGGAAAUGUAGCAGUUGCUUUAGUAAUUAUGCUUCCACCGAAGUGGCACGCUGUCCCUGCAGCCACGAGUAUUGUCGACACUGCCUACAAACUUUCUUUGAAACGUCACUCACAGAUGAGUUUCUGUUCCCUCCAAGGUGCUGUGGAAAACGCAUUCCUGCCAAAGAUAACCAGCAGUUUCUCCCCUCAAAGUUGAUUGAGGAAUUCCAAGCUAAAGCGCUUGAACUCUCGACGCCCAACCGGACGUACUGCCAUAAGCCAACGUGCUCGACAUUCAUACCGAAAGAUUUCAUUAAAGCCGAUAUCGCGUUUUGUCAACGAUGUAUGAACAGUACCUGUGUCAUGUGCAAGGGCGCCGAGCAUAAGGACCAAGACUGUGCCCAGGACAUCUUGACUCAGGACCUACUCCAGAUUGCCGCGGCAAACGGCUGGCAGCGAUGCUUCUCUUGCCGAAGAAUCGUAGAGCUAGAGCACGGAUGCAAUCACAUAACAUCUCUUGGUACACAAGGUAAGCUUACAUUACUACAUAGCCUGCCGGUGCAGAGCGCAGUUCUGCUACUUAUGUGGCGACCGAUGGAAGACUUGCGCCUGCCCGCAGUGGAACGAGGAGCGACUCUACGCUUGCGCUAA